AUGAUCCACAUCCUAGUUUGUUACCAUGUUUCAGGUCCGGCAUCAGUCAUUGCGGGAAUGGUGUCGGCUUUCUGCUCUGGUCCUGCUGAACUAACUAUGAUCCAGCAACAGAGAACGGAAAUACGCUUCUUCACAGCGGCAUAUCUGGAUGUAAAUCCACUUCUUCAAGAGAAGUUUCAAGCUGCCGCCAGUUUUAAAGGUCGACACACGCUGGCGACUGUCCUUGCUGGUGUCGUUUCCGGAUCGAUUUCCACGCUUAUCACCCAUCCUUUCGAUACCAUAAAAACCAGGAUGGAAGCCAAUUUAAACCUUCAGAAAUACAGAACCGUAACCUCCACAUCUAAGCUCCUCCUGCAAGAAGGAGGAAUGGCAGCCUUCUACUCUGGACUAAUUCCUCGGACUCAACGCAUAAUCUGUGCAUUUUUCAUCUUAGAGGAGGCAAAGAUAAACCUCAGUGAUUUUUAUUUGUAG